AUGAUACGUGUUUGGAGGCUUUCAGGGGAGCAGGUGGCGCAAGUGGACAUGCAGAAAUUCCCCGGCGUGAGAACUGGGGAAGGUUUGAAACGCCACUUGCGUUUGCUCCACGGCUUCCCAGUGUGCCAGCAAGAGCUUUUUAAGGAGAGCUGUCGGCUGAGUGGUUCGAUGGAGCUGACUGCUCCCUGUGAUGUGCAGCUGUCGCUGUGGCCUUGGAACCAGCAAGAGGUAGCAGAGGAGCUCACUUGGGAAUUUUCCAAAGGCAACCUUGAGAACGUCCGUUCGCUGUUGGCGGCUCGCGCUCACAUGGACCUCACCGCCGCAUGCAGGACUGCUCUUAUGAGCGACUCCGACAGCUACAUUGAGCUUGUGAGACUGCUUCUUGAAGCCCGCUCUGGUGAUGAUGUCUCCGAGUCUCAGGACUACAACACAGCACUCAUGCUUGCAUCGGAAAGGGGCCAUGCUGCGCUUGUGCGGUUGCUGGUAGACGCUCGUGCAAACAUGGACUUAGGUGCGAAGUGGCGCUUCAAAACUGCUCUUAUGCUGGCAUCGGAGCUUAACCAUGUGGAAGUUGUGCGAUUACUCGUGGAAGCCCGUGCUGACAUGGAUGCGACUGCCAAGCACAAGACUGCUCUCGUGAUAGCGUCCGAGUUUGGCCACCUGGAGGUCUUGCGAGUGCUUGCGGAAGCCCGUGCCAACGUGGAUGCGACUGCGGGGUUCAAGACAGCUCUCAUGAGUGCAUCUGAGCUUGGCCACAUCGAGGCUGUGCGGUUGCUAGUUGAAGCACGCGCUGACAUCAAAUCGCAGCAUUGCGGCAAGACAGCUCUCAUGUAUGCGCGUGAAAGCGGUCACACUGAGAUCGGGCAAUUGCUGGUUGAUUUGUACAAUAAGCACCGAAUCUCGAAGAGCGAGGACAGCACCCCACUGCUCGAAGGCAAGGAGAGCUCCCCUGGUAUCGGCCAUCACGAGGAGGGUCCUGGCGACGAGAACCUGGACGGGGUGUUGAACUCCACCUUGCAGGUCGCUGAAAGCUUGGUCGCCGAAGCGGCCUCGGCGGCUCUUGCGAGAGCCGGCUACACCUUGCAUCUGCGGCUGAGGGCAUUGAUGCGCAACGGUGAUUUCACACUUCCCAUCAUUUCCCAUGGCCACGUGCGGCUCGUACGAGGGAAGCAGCUCCUCAAGCUCGCGGCCACGGCGGCACGAGUCACGACCGCUGCGAGGCUGCCUGCUGGUGGCGGGUGCUGUGCUACUCUGGCAGCAUGGCGGAAACUAGGUGGCACUUUGGGAAACUUUACAAGAGAUGCCUUUGUGGCAGCUUUAAGGCUGCAGAGCCGUGGUCGCCUAGUGGGCUCUCUGGGGCUUCCAGCGCGACCUCUCGACGAGGAUGGUGUUGGCUUGUAUGAUACAGAGGUUGUGGGCGAGACGGACCUCGACGAGUUGACUUCAGAUGAGCUGACCGUGAGCUCCAAAACCCGACCUGAGAGGCCUCGCGGAGGCCGUGGCAGAGGUCGGUGGAAGCCCCCGGGCAAUGUGGCGCUUCACCCAAAGUUCCGGCGCGAGGGAUUCUUCCAGAGAGCCGAUCUUCCACGCCUGGAUCCUACGGAGUUCGACCAGCGUCAGGUCCUCCAGACGCUUUCCGUGGAGGAGCUCGAGGCACGUUCCUCCUUCCGGUGGGGCCUGGAUGCCAAGCGGAACGAUCGCCGCCAGCUAAGGCGCGGAUCACGCGUUCCACGCGAGGAGGGUGGGGCUGGAAGAUGGCAGUCGGAAGAAGAGCAAAAACCUGAGGAGGACUCUGACCCAGAUCCAGACUACAACCCUUUCAAGAGCCGUCCUCUCAGGCAGCGCAUGCGGAAGCCCCGAGUGAAGCCGACUCCUCCUACUCAGACGGCCCCACGCGUUGCAAAUGUCGUGAACAAGACAGCAUCCAGACGUCCGAAGAGGUUAAGUUCCUGGCUUUUGAACACCAGAGUCCCAAAGGAGAAGGAUCCGGCUUCGACAAAGCUGCCACGAGGUGAAUCGGGAUCAGAAGAUAGGGUUGGCUCCUCCGUGUACCGCAAGAUGUACAAGGCCGUGAUGCGAAACUACGGCCCGCUUCCCUGGGAACGCGUGGAGGGGCAGACUAGCUGGCUGGACCCCGCGAACCAAAGCUGGGAGGAGCUAGGUAUGGACAGCCCAGAGAGCCUCGCCGUCAUGGAUCUCUUGCAGGACUUCGGAGUGAAGAUGCCGAACAGACUGCAGUCUUUGGCCUUGCCGGCCAUUUUCUCGGGCAGUGACGUGAUGCUGACCUCGACGACGGGAUCUGGGAAAACUUUAGCCUUUCUGCUCCCGCUUCUACAUCGCUUCGUCUUCCCGCUCGGGCAAGAGGACCUCCGAAAAUAUCGCUCGAACUUGCCGCAUCACCUGCAGCCCAAGAUUCUAAGCAAGCCGAAGAUUCUCGUGGUGGCCCCCGGGCGCGAGCUCUCGAGGCAGACUGCUCGUGUCAUUGCCGACCUUCUGAAGCCUUUCCCUCAGCUCAAUGUCACGCUCUUAGUGGGCAAGGACAACCACAAGCGGCAGGAUGAGCGUCUCGUGGAAAGGCAACCGGUCGUCGUUGUUGGCACUCCUGGAAAGCUGAUGGACCACUCCAUGGAGGGCCGUUUGAUUCUCAGUGAGCUGGAUGCCAUCGUCUUUGACGAAGUCGAUGCCCUCCUGAGCAUGUCGCGUAAGGAUCACCUACAGCUUCUUCUGCAGCACAUCGGCGUCAACGAGCAAGCCCAGCGGAUUCUGGUAUCCGCGAGUGGAUCCAUGGAGGGGAAUGCAUUGGAUUUCGCAGAAACCAUCUUAAGGGAAAACUGGAAGCUCGUGGGGCCGAGACAUGGGAUGGAGCUGCCGAAGCGAGUUCUCCAUCUCGUGAACGGUGCUCCGGAUGUGGACAAAAAGCUCAGCUUCCUCAGACGCCUCUCCACGUCGGACCCUGUCUGUAACAGCUUCAUCGUCUUCUGCAACAACCAUGAGCGUGUCCGCAAGGUGGCAGAGCAGAUGGACAAGCAGCUGGGCAUUCCCACCGAGUACCUCACGGGCAACCGAUCCAAGGAAGCUCGUGACAUGGCCAUCUACCGUGUGGCCAAGGGACAGGUGCAGGCCCUCGUCUCCACGGACGCGGCGAUGCGGGGUCUCGAUUUCAAGGACCUAACCCACGUGGUGAAUUUUGAGCUUCCGGGGGAUGCCGCGACCUAUGCGCACCGAGCGGGUCGUUGCGGCCGCAUGGGCUUCAACGGUAUCGUCGUCAGCCUGGCCUCGGGCGGCUAUCAGAACAAGAGGCUGCGAAACUAUGCCGACACCCUCAACUUCGAGCUAUUUGAGGCCAACGUCAACGAAGGUGUGCUCGGAGCGGAUCUGAGCAUGACCUACUCUCCAAGAGUGCGGAACCAGAGUGUGCGACUCUAA